AUGAACCACUAUCUUUGCAUUGAUCUGACGCCUGGAGUUCAUCUCAAAACUUCUGGUAUUGAAAGUGGUGGGGAAGGUCAGAAAGAUGUAGUUCAGGAGUAUCACUGCCGCCUGAAUACCAAAGCCACGAGGCCAGCACAUUUACGUUGUUUACCUCUCGAAACCAAAUCAUCAGGUCUCUUCCCCUCUGUAUCCACCACCAAAAAAAUCAUGCUAUUCCUACCUACCUACGGUCUCACAAAUAUCUCUCAGAGGCAGAUCACUUCAUCACUCAUCACCUAUUCCAUGGAUCCAUCUCUCCCAGAUGCAACCCCUUCUAUAUCCAGCCCAUCCCACAUCUCUGCACAACAGUGA